CUGGAGCACUACUGAGGCAAAGAGGACCGAAGUUAAAUCCGAAAACCAACAUAUUUUACAUGUCCCAGCGCUUUGGGAGUACGAGCAGGUUUCCACAACCCCCCCGCCCCCCACCCCAAAAAAAAACCAAUCUAAUGGUGUAAUCUUGAAUCUACCGGUAACCCGAGCAAAGAUCAAGCAUCUCUGCGCUAUUCUAAAGUCAGUCAAGGAGCAAACCUGGCUGCGGUUGCUUCCCUGAAGAGGACAGAAACUAACCUGCAUAGGUAUCAGCGGCUGGUGUCAAGGAUGCUUUUCUGCCGACAUCAGAGUUGGAGGUAACCCCACGUUGUCUGUGCUGUAGCCCCUCGUGCACCCCGGAGUGGAGAUGGUCCACUGGACCACAAAGUGGGGGACAUGUGUCUGUGUCCAGACUCUGCUGGCCUUUGCCUUGGCCAACUGUCCCUCACUUGCCCCCAGCCCUGUCAACUUCUCUGUUGUUUACACCAUGCCCUUCUUCCAGGCCCGGGGCCCUAUUCAGAACAUAGUCAACAACUCGCUUUACCAGGAGGUGUAUGUUGCCUCUCAGAAUGUGAUCGAAGCUGUCAACAGAAGCUUGGAGAAGGUGUGGGAGCUCCGCACUGGGCCGGUGGGAAGCCCAGAGUGCCAGAUAUGCGAUUUGUGCGACAUUGACAAGGAUCCUGACUUCCUGGAGGACACAAACAAUCAGAUCUUGCUGUUGGAUACCCUCUUUAUGUAUUUAUACUCUUGUGGAAGUUCUCAAUAUGGUGUAUGCUAUUUCCACCAACUGAACUCAAAUGGAGAGUCGCCCUCCCUUUCUAAGUGUUUGUUCAGAAAGGCUUCAAACUCUGCUGCCUACUGUCCUGACUGUGUGGCUAGCCCUCUUGGUACCAAAGUCACCAUGGUCGAAGAGGGUCAGACUGUCUACUUCUUUGUUGCCUCCACAGUCAACGACAGUGUGACCCAGCGUUACGGAAGGAAGUCCAUAUCAGUGCGUCGACCACUGGCCACAGAAGAUGGUUUCUACAGAGAUGUGCGUGGCCUGACUGUCCUUCCAGGCUUGCGGAGGACAUACCAUAUUGAAUAUGUCUACAGCUUUUUCACUCAGGAGUUUGUCUACUUCGUCUCCGUUCAGAGAGAGAGCCCCGAUCAGGACUCAUCUCCGUUUCAGACUCGCUUGGGCCGUCUCCCACGGAAUGAAUGGGAGAUGAAGAGGUAUCGCGAGGUGAUCCUGGAGUGUCGCUUUGAACCAAAACGCCGGAGGAGGAACGUAGCCAGUGAGCCCUAUAAGGAUGUGGUGUACAAUGUGGUUCAGGCAGCCCAUUUUGGCAAGGCAGGCAGGGAGCUGGCAGAGGAGUUAGGGGCGGAGGAGGAGGAUGACAUCCUGUAUGGGGUUUUUGCUGUUACUGAUGACAACGGGGUCACGGAGCACGAUUCGGCCCUGUGCGCUUUCCCAAUGGACAAUGUGAACAAAGCAAUCGUAGAUGGGGUGGAUGACUGCUGCGAGUCUGGACCAGAACAGCUCUCCAGAGGGCUUUGCCAUUUCCAGCCCUGUGAGAGCUGUCCUCAUGAGAGCAUGGAGAACAACGCCACAUGCAGAGACCAUCCUACUAUGGUGUCAAAGCCCUACUACAGAGUGGACCUCUUCAACAGGCAAAUGACAGAUGUUCUGCUCACAGCUUUGCUGGUCACAACUAUAGAGAACAAGACCGUAGCCCAUAUUGGCACCUCUACCGGACGCCUGCUGCAGCUUGUAUUGACAAGAUCCAGCCCUAUUAUCUUUGCCAAUUACUCUUUGGUAGAGAAUCAGAGGGUCUCGUCCAUUGCCGCUGUUUACUCAUCAGAGUAUCUUCUCUUUGUGGUUGGAGACAAGAUGAUCCAGGUGCCCCAGAGAGGGCCAGGGUGUCAACACUUCCUGACUUGUGCCACGUGUCUCACAGCCCCUAAGUUCAUGGGCUGUGGCUGGUGCUCCGGAGUGUGCUCCUGGGAGAGCGAGUGUAACAGACGCUGGAGGAACGAGUCCUGCCCACCAGGGAUCACUGGGUUCUUUCCACGGACUGCUCCUCCUGAUGGCCAAACAGAGCUAACGGUGUGUGGGUGGGAGUUCCAGUCCCCCUUAAGACCUGCCAUCACCUCCAGAACCCACCAGGUCCGACUGGGGCAGACUGCUUGCACUGUUCUUCCAGUCAAAAGCAACAACACACACUUCGUGUGUAAGAUUCGCUCUGGGGCCACUGAGCUGUCCAAACCAGUUAACAUUACAGUGGAGGUGCAUGAGGGCAAGGUGGAGGGACGCUACUCUAUUGACGGAAAAGCAGAAAUGCCAGGAUUCACAUUUGUGAUUCCCAACAUCACAGAAAUCCAGCCCAACUAUGGGCCACGUGUUGGGGGCACACUCAUCACAGUGACUGGUCCUCACUUGGAUGCUGGGAAGACCAGGAAAGUCACUCUCAAUGACAUGCCCUGUCCUAUAAAGAGAGUCACAGAGCCCAAAGGCAAUGUGUCCUCCAUCAUCUGUCUGUCCCAGCCCAUCUCAGAGGUGAGGGACGUUCCUCUGAGUGUUUUCAUCGACAAGUCUCCAGUCCUCACCACAAAGGUGUUUUACUACAAAGAAAACCCAAUGAUUACAGCUGUCCUGCCUGACUGCAGCUUUGACAGGGGGUCAAAGAUUGUCAUUGGGGGGGAGAACCUGGAUUCUGUUUACCGCACCAUCAUCCGCUUUAAACCCAAUGAGAGCCAUUUGAAACCUGUGACAAGGGAGUGCAUAGGCAAGUCCUUGCCCACGAGGAUGGAGUGUAUCUCUCCUGUGUUUCCCAGGGAUGAGACUGAGGAAGGAGAGCUUUCUUUUGACAUGGACGGAGCGUUGGGACUUUGGAACAAAGAGUUCUCUUACCACCCCUACGGCGAGCCCAUACCUUUUGAAACCGAUGGACAUGUGCUGAAUUUGUACCCUGGGUUUGACGAAGUGUCACUACAUCAUCAGAAGCUGAAUCUGGUGAGCUCCUGUAUGACCAUCAUUAUGACGGUGGCAGGCGUUGAUUGUGAUGCCAAAGUCCUGGAUAAUGAGAUUACCUGCAGGAUCCCCAAAAACAUGACCAUCACCAGUGAGGGAUUGCCAGUGAAGAUCUCCAUCAACGGGCAGGUCCACAACGUUGGUACGGUGGUGAGGGUCAGCAACCACUACAUGGUGGGCGUUGUUCUGGGGAUCCUGGCGGCUCUGGUGGCCGGGGCAGUGCUGGCCUUCGUUGUUAUGAAACACUUAAGGAAGACGAAGAAAGCCUCCAUGGUAGAGACCCGUUUGGCCCACAGUGCUAACCUCUCUGGUACAAAUAAUGUGGAGCUGUCGCCCGUUGGGGACUACAGGAGAGUAGUAUCCCUAAGUCCUUCUACCCCGCUGGUGGGGUCGAUGGUGUUCCCCAGCCUGAGCUUCGCUGCAGGCAGCAUAGAUCCUACCCUCACUCCCCUCAUGCCUUCAGAGAAGAUCUCCAUCUCCAGUUUUAGGCCAGAGCUGCUUGAGGAGGUGAAGGAUGUUCUUAUUCCUGCUGAGAUGCUUAUUGUGCAACACCACCGGAUCAUAGGGAAGGGUCAUUUUGGCACUGUUUAUCAUGGCUACUUCACAGACCACAACAACAGAGAAAUCCACUGUGCUGUCAAGUCUUUGAAUAGAAUAACAGAUGUCGAGGAGGUGGAGCAGUUUCUAAAGGAAGGUAUCAUAAUGAAGGGUUUCCACCACAGUAAUGUGCUGUCUCUGCUGGGCAUCCUCCUGCCACAGGAAGGGCUCCCUCUAGUGGUGCUACCGUACAUGAAACAUGGGGACCUGCGGCACUUCAUACGCUGCGAGAAGAGGAACCCCACCGUAAAGGAUCUGAUUGGCUUCGGGCUGCAGGUUGCCAGGGGGAUGGAGUAUUUGGCUCAGAAAAAGUUUGUGCACAGAGAUCUGGCAGGACGCAACUGCAUGCUGGACGAGUCGUAUACAGUCAAAGUGGCAGACUUUGGCAUGGCCAGAGAUGUAUUUGAUAAAGAGUAUUAUAGUGUUCAGGAUCACAGGAAGGCUAAGCUGCCUGUCAAGUGGAUGGCCAUCGAGAGUCUGCAGACACAGAAAUUCACCUCCAAGUCCGAUGUGUGGUCCUUUGGUGUGCUGAUGUGGGAGAUGCUGACCAGAGGAGCAAGCCCCUACCCAGAGGUGGACCCUUAUGACAUAACACAUUACUUACUGAAGGGCAGGAGGCUUCCCCAGCCUCAGUACUGCCCUGACCCAUUGUAUAGCAUAAUGCUCCAGUGCUGGGACCCUGAUCCAGAGUUGAGGCCCAGCUUUGCUACGUUGGUGUCGGCUGUCUUCACCAUUCUGUCCGGCCUGGAGGGAGAACACUACAUAAGUCUGAAUGUCACCUACGUCAACCUGGACCAGCCGCGGCCCUACCCUGCCCUCACAGAGUCUGCUGACGAAUACAACUCCACAGAUGUUGAAGACUCAAGCUCAGUCUCUUCCUGAUCCACUCCUCUUCCUCUCUCAACUUUAAAAUGGUAUUGGUGCUAACAGCAAGAGCACAAAAAACCUUGGCCGGGUCGCAACAGUCUCUCUUACCACAAAGCAUCUGACACAGAGACUGCCUGCUGUUUGUGCGCAUGAACGUGGUAGUAAGAUGCUUUCAGCUGCCAAAGCACCCCCUCGGGCAGCCAUAUUGGGGGUCUGUCACUUUUGCAACAAUAGCUGAGUGAAGUCUGAGCUUCCAAACUCUUUCCUCUUAAAAGUAUUUAAUAGACAGGUGUAACUGAUGUAAUCAGCUUGUUAGCAAGAGAAAAUAAAACAAGUCUUGUUGCUAGCACUUGUUAGCCUAUCCAUUAGAAGCUAAUUGGCAUUACAACGGUACGCUAAAUUAGCCUGCAGGUUAGCUAGCUAGCUAUCAAUGGUAAAACAAGACUUAUGGGGAUAGUCAGUGAUGAUGUCUAUAAUGUUAAUAUGGAUAUAAAGUUCAUCUGUAGUGGUCCCUUUAAUAUUUGUUUGUUGUGUACUGAAGUAUAUCACAUGACAUGGUAAAGAUAUGUUCAAGUCAAAUAAUUGAGUAAUGCUUUUCAAUGUAAUCAUGCUAUUUUCAACAAGAUUUUGUUCUGGAUUACUCAUCUAAAGGGUUACUGUGUAAUUAAUGUUACUUUGUUAAACAGACCGGACCUAGGUUGCACCCCAAGGCAAUUAUGAAACAGCCUGAAAUGUUGGUCUUGAUGAGCUGCAGCAUUUAUUCAUGGACAAACUGAAACCUACACUGUGCAUUUACUACCACCUCACAACUUCACUCUCUUUGGUGCACCAAUGUUAACAUCUCUGCCGGAAAGUGAGAGUGAAACUCAAGUCCCACUUGCAUUUUAUUGUGCUCCUUUCAAAUGGUUCUAUUUUAAGAUUAUAUUUUGGGCAUUUUAGGCCUUUAUUUCCACAGGACAGAUGAAGACAUUGACAUGCAGCACAAGGCCGCAGAUCGGAGUCAAACCCGCGGCCGCUGCGUCGAGGAGUAAACCUUUAUAUGUGCACCUGCUCUACCAACUGAGCUAACCCAUCCACUCAAAUGGCUCUAUUUUAAAGAUGUUUUAAAGAUAUAGAAUAAUGUGUAGGUCUACUCCUUUAUGUUAUUUGAAUAGUUUCUCUUCUACCGCACACCUUGCUUCCUAUUGGCACAAGUUAAGCAUUGUGCUGUUCACACAGCGCACACUGCGCCACAAAGCUCUGGGAAGGCUUUCGAUUUUUUUCCUGCCCCUCUUCCUGCUGUUCUCCGAUUCUUACAUGUUGAAAUAUCAAAACCUGCCCAUCCACUAUAUUUAUUUAGAAAUAACCUUGUGUCACUGCACGCACACACACACACAAACACACACACACGCCACCGCCCACACACACACACACACACACACACACACACACACACACACACACACACACACACACACACACACACACACACAUCAUGUAUGGAGGAAGUUAAUCAGCUGAUUGAUGGACAAAGCGGAGAUAAAAGCUUAUGUCGUGCCAAUACAUUUUAAAAAGGCAAUGGCCAACGAGGAAACACAAACACUCACAUCUUCACACUAUGUCAUCACACUCACUCUGACCAAUGGUGAAACUUUAUCACUCAGUGACGAUGUCCAUGGGCUGGCCCCUGUGGUCCAGCCAAAAGAAAUAGAUGACCAAAAAUUACUACUGACCUGUUCCCACACUGCAGGAGUCACGUAUCUCUGUUUUUCUUGCUAGUAUUAUGUAAUGUAGCCAUUAUAAAUACAAAGACUGUUCAGUAUCCAUGUAAUUUAGUGGCACAUUAGCUUUUCUUUUACUACCUAAAAUAUUGUACUGUUAAAGCAGCAGAUGUGUAUAUUUGGGUAUGACAUUCCCACAUUUGCCUUUAAUUCUUUUGCAGUGUAGUGAUUGUUCUGUAUAUUUUGUAUCAUACUUCUGUAACGCACAAUGCUGACCACAAUGUUCUGAAAGCAAUUUGACGUCCCACUGUUGCUUGUAUUUCUGACACAAUGUCUUUGAGAUAGUGUAAUAAAUUGAAAUAUUUAUUUGUUUA